AUGAUGAGGAGCUUUGUAGAUGAAAAAGAAAACCUCUCUCUUUGGGCAUCAACUUACCAUGCUGGAGAGUACUUGGAUCCUGUGGCUGUUGCAGAAGCAAAGGCGAAAAAAAAAGCAAAAAAGUUAGCUGGUGUUUCAGCCCCUUCACUGACAAAGGGUGACAUAUUUGAAGGUUCCACAAUUGAACAAUCAUCUCUUGAGGGGGGUCCUAGUACUGUCGAAUUGAUCAGUCCAAAACAGAUGGCUGUUGAAGGAUUUAAGGCACAAAGUGAAAUGGUCAUCGAAAGUCUCGAUCGGCUGAUCACUGCAUGGGAAGAGCGGAAAGAAUCAGUUGUCGUUGAGGGUGUUCACUUAAGCCUUAAUUUUGUGAUGGGGCUUAUGACGAAACACCCUUCAAUCAUACCAUCAUGA